GUGUGUGCCAGGACAUGUUGAACAGCAGCCGACUACCGUCGGACGCGAAGGAGGUGACUCUGCACCAGGAUGGCACCUGGUCGACGCAGGCCGCCGCCAAGCAGGACACAAGAGUGCGCAUGCUCAACUCGCCACUCGCCAUCGACGAGACCAUCUCCGUCGAAAUCGAUGAUGACGAUGAUGGCGAUACUCCGAUGUGCACCAGCAACGAGGGGCCAGCGGCAGGGGUGACUAAGACAGAGACGGCAGACAGAGACAGCAGUGAGCCGCCUCCCAAGCGCAAGGAGGUGUUUGUCGACCUCACGCUCAGUGACUCUGACUCGGAUGACAGUCCUAUGCCUUCCGCUCCCGCCCCUGUCACUGCCGCCUCAUCUGCCUCCGCCCCUGCCUCCGCCCCCGCCGCCUCCUCUGCCCCCGCCCCGGCACCCGCUUACAACCGGCUCUUCUCCACAGAUUCAAACAGCAGUGUAGGUGCUGGGGGCGGACGUAGCUCGGUGACUAGCUCUGGCUACAUCAGUCCAAACAUCAUCAACCUGGACAGUCCAUCGCCUCCCCCCGUGCCUACUACCCCGCCCGUGGGAGGCGUGACGUCAUCUGGUUCUACCCCCGGCCACGCCCCUGGCCAAGCUCCGCCAAGCCACGCCCCCUCGCCACACCAGGCCACGCCCCCGCAACCCAGCCUCUACUCGUUACCGUCAUCCAUGUCCAAUUUCUUCGACUUGGAGAGGGACUCCAACAGUCCACUGUUUACUCCUCAUUACUAGAUGCUCUCUCUAAUUUCUGAAGUUUCAGAUAACACAUAGAGUAAUUUCAUUGCUAUUGAAUAAUUCAAAACUUGAUUGAAAUGUGUAAAAUCAUGGAGCCUGUCGGGUUAUCCACAAUGGCAGUUUGUUCAAUGUCAAGUAUUCACCCUUCAAUUAUGCAUUCUGUCUUGAAAUUUGAUUGAUUCAAUACAAUUGAAAAUGUGAUACCAUUCUGAUGGGAUAUAUGAACAAAUGAGAAGAAGGCUCUCACGUCAACUUUACCAAGUUUUAUUUUCUAAAAGUACACUAGGUAGGCCUUUACAACAAGUUUGAAAAAACUACAGAUGAUAAGAAGAAUGCUUGAUAAAAUUUCGCAUAGUAUAGAAAGGAUGAACCGAAUUUAGAUUCUUCAAACAUUUCAAAAUUUAACAUUUUCAAUCUUGAACAUUUUUCACAUAAUGAUUACAGUUUGAGGGUCAUUGAAAAAAUAUUUUUUUUUCAAAUGUGCACCAUUGCAGUUUGAACUAAAAUCAAUAGCAAUGAUAUUUUUAUCUAGUAAGCUUUAAGCUUAAUAAAUAUGACGUCCCUUUUUGACAUUAAAUUGUGUGAUGAGCUUUCUCAUUUACGAAACCUUAUUUAUUGUUUAUGUGAAAGCUUGUAUUCAAUUGCAAAUUUGUCAAUAUAUUAUUUCUUUUCUUAUAGAUUCCAUUUUUGAAAAUGUUAUGAUCUCAAAAUUUCUCCCACUUGCACUCUUUUCUCUGCAUCUUUUUGGAUCUUCCACAGAAACACCUGAUAUUUCCUGAUUUCUUGAUUCUAUAAAGAGAAAAAUUGAUUUGGGCUUUUACAUCCAAUAUUGAAAUUGAAAAUUUCGCCUCUGUUCUGCUAGUAUUUAUUUUGGUUCUUUUUAUAUGCAGGGUUCCCUUUAAAUUUUGGUCAUUAGAUUUCAACAUGAAAGAUAUUACUUCUAUUUCGUAUAAAAUACUCGUUAUUUCAAGCUACUUGUUUAUUGAUCCUUCCCUUAUAAGCCUUAAUAUUAUUGAGCCUUCCCUUAUUUUAAGUUGAUUGUCUAUUGAACCUUCCUUAUAACUCAUAUUGGGUGAUCGCGCCACUCAAUUGGAAUUUAGUCAUUCUAAUGAUAUAUAUCAUAAUGUUUAUGAUAUAAAGCGACUGUAUCAGUUGUUUUUGUCUAUUAUUCUCUUAUAAUUUUGUGUAUCUCAUUACUGUAUUCAUUGGAAUUUUUUAUUGAUAACAUACUACCCCUAGGAUUUUAGUUACCCCAAUAUAAUUUUUGAUGAAUGGAUGUAUAAUUUCAUUCUUAUAUAUUCAAUAAAUAGGGCAGUAAAAUGAAAUGUAUCCAUCUAUAAACAUACGAAUUGCAUAAAAAUUAACAUGAAAAAAGUUUAUUUUUCGUAAUAUACUUCAAGAAAAUUCGAAAAAAUUAUUCAGUACUGGGUAUGUGUUGAGUAUUCUGGUCUCACUUGACUAGACAAAGUGACUCAUUACAGUACUAUACGUUUUACAUUACUAAGCCUGUUUUUAAUAAAUUAUAAAUUGAUUGGAAUAUAAAAAAGAUUAUUGAAAAAAUAGAUUGAGACUUGAGAUUUCAUUAGAUUAAAUAUGGGUGUUUUCAACUUGUGUUAAAUUGCGAUUUUCUCAUACAAGCUUAUGUGACUGAAUUCAAUGUGAGAACACUGCUCGUGCUAGCUGAUGCAGAUAAAGUGACGCUCAUUAUCUACAAGAAGCACAGGUCUCAACUUAUCUUAUUCAACUUACUUCCUGAGUUUUUUAAUGUCCCAGUCAUGAAUUGAUUCACAAUUUGUAUAUAUUAUUUAAAUUUAUUGUUACGAUUACAAAUCAUAUGAAUAUAACUGGGAAAGAACAACAGGCAUAGCCCAAAACUAUUCUGUUCCCAAAUUUUGAUAAAUAUUUAUAUUGCACCACGGAUUAUGUGUAAUUGUUAUCUCUACUUCCAAUUUAUUUUUACCACCACCUUGAA